GCAGGCUGGCGGCCCAAGCCUCUCCUUUUCCCCGCCCCGCUUGGCCCCAAAGCCUCCAGCCUAUCCUCCAUAAAUAAAAGCCCCGGGACGGUGGUCAAACGCGGAGGUGCCAGGCCUAGCCAAGGACGGCUGGCUGUACUGGGACGCCGGCUGCGGGGGCUCCUUAGAGCAGCUCUCCCGCCACGUGCUCUCUUUCGACGGCCAUGGCAUCGCCCGCCGCCCGGCAGCCUCGGCUCCGCCUCCUCUUAUGGGCGCUGCUGGCCAGCGCGGCCCCCUCGUCGUCCCUGCCGCCGCCGCCGCCGCCCUGCCCAGCGUUGUGUGAGCCGGCGCGCUGCCCUCCGCGCUCCCCACAAGGGUGCUUGGCCGUCGGGGGCGAGCUGCAGCCCGAUCGCUGCGGCUGUUGCUGGGAGUGCUUCCCGGGCGAAGGCCAGCCCUGCGCCCCGGGCGGCCUCUGCGCUCCCGGGCUCUUCUGCAGGCGGCCUGGCGGCGGGGGGCGCGUGCGGGGCACCUGCCGGUGCGCCGAGUCGCCUCUGGGCGUCUGCGGCAGCGAUGGGCGGACCUACCGGAGCCUCUGCCACCUGCGGACCGAGAACAAGGGAGGCCGCCUCCGGGACCAGCUGCCCGUUAUCGCUGUCCAGAAGGGCGGCUGCGGAGAUAAAGGUCCUGUGGAUCCCAAUAGCCUGAGGUACAAGUUCAACUUCAUUGCUGAUGUGGUAGAGAAGAUUGCUCCAGCUGUCGUGCACUUGGAACUCUUCCGCAGGUCGCCUUACACAAACAAAGAGGUCCUGGUGUCCAGCGGUUCGGGCUUCAUUGUGUCCGAGAAUGGCCUGAUUAUCACCAACGCCCACGUUCUCACCAACAAGCAGAGGAUCAAAGUGGAGCUCAAGAGCGGCCAUCAGUUUGAUGCCAAAGUCAAAGAUGUUAACCACAAGCUGGACAUCGCCCUGAUUGAAAUAGACACCCAUAUGGCCCUCCCGGUCCUCCUGCUGGGCAGAUCCUCUGACCUUCGGCCUGGGGAGUUUGUGGUGGCCUUGGGCAGUCCUUUCUCCUUGCAAAACACCGUGACAACUGGAAUUGUGAGCAGCACUCAGAGAGAUGGCAAGGAGCUUGGUCUUAAGGACUCUGAUAUGGAAUACAUCCAGACCGAUGCCAUUAUCAAUUAUGGAAAUUCUGGAGGGCCACUGGUCAACUUGGAUGGUGAAGUCAUUGGGAUGAAUACCCUGAAGGUCACGGCUGGCAUCUCCUUUGCCAUUCCCUCUGACCGGAUCCGCAAGUUCCUGGAAGAUUCUCACAAUCGCCUGGCAAAAGGGAGAAUUAGAUCAAAGAAAAAGUAUCUGGGGCUCCGAAUGCUCCCUCUCACUUUCAAUCUCAUCCGUGAGCUGAGGCGGAAGGACAGGGAUUUCCCACACCUGAGCUCCGGUGUCUAUGUCUAUGAAGUGAUUCAAGGAACAGCUGCCGAAAGUGCUGGCCUGCAAGAUGGUGAUGUCAUUAUAGCAAUUAAUGGAAAAACAGUCACUUCAAUCCAUGAUGUAAAGGAUGCUGUCCAAAACAUCCGCACCCUAGCCAUUGUAGUACGGCGGAGUAAUGAAGACUUCAUCUUGACAGUAACACCAGAUGAAGUUGAUUAAAAAAGUGUGCCUUUCUAUAGAAAAAGUGUGUUGCAGUUCUAAAUUACGUCUAACAAAUGGUUUAGGCCUUAAGAAAUAACUGUACAAACAAUAUCCAACAAGCUCUUAGUCUCUUUGUAUGAACAAACCAAACAAUCCCAAUCAAAAGUGGACAAGCUAGGGUUUUUUUUUUUUUUUUAAAAAUCAAGAGACAAAACUGUGUGUGUGGGGGAAC